AUGCCAAAGAAACCUGUCCGUCGCAAGGACUACCUCGACGCCCAAAAAUCCUUACGGGCAGAGGGCAACACAAUUGACCUACCUAAGAAACGAUUCUAUCGUCAGCGAGCACACGCCAAUCCCUUUUCGGAUUAUGCUUUGGAAUAUCCCUUAUCCCCGGCCCAUAUGGACUGGGCGUCUCAUUAUCCCGCUUUUGUAGACCCGGACGAAUCGAAGCUUACCUUGUCGGGAACAAGAAAACUGCUCAAGGAUGUGGAAGUUGCUGAUAUUGGAUGUGGGUUUGGUGGUCUGUUAAUCGGAUUGGCGCCAGUACUACCGGAGACCUUGAUGGUUGGUCUUGAAAUCCGAAGCCAAGUAACAGAAUACGUCAAAGUUCGCGUUGCAGCUCUCCGCAACCAACAAGCCAGACUCCGCGCCGCCUCCUCAUCAACAUCAACGCCUGCUCCCACCACAGAGGAACCAGAACCUACAAACAACCAAACCCAAGAAGAUCUCCCUGAAGAUGCACCCGCCCUCCCAGACAGCACCCAAGAAGCCCAGUCCCUAAUCCCAGGAGGCUAUCAAAACAUCUCCGCCAUCCGCGCAAACACCAUGAAAUUCCUGCCCCGGUUUUUCGGGCAUCACCAACUCUCAAAGAUAUUCAUCUGUUUUCCCGACCCGCAUUUCAAAGCUCGCAAACACAGGCAGCGCAUUAUUUCGUCGAGUCUGAAUGCAGAGUAUGCCUUUGUCCUUAAGCCGGGUGGAUUGUUGUAUACGAUUACGGAUGUGGAGGAGUAUCAUUAUUGGGUUUUGAGGCAUUUUGGGGUUUUGGAUCAUGACGCCAAACCUGCCGCCGAGAAUACCGCGACUACUGCGCAGGAGGAGAAGAAAGCCGAGGCAGAAGAAGAUGACGAGGACGAAGAUGAUGAGAAUUCAGGUGUAGCGCGUGUCAGGGAGUUGUUUGAGCGUGUAUCAGACGAAGAAUUGGCGGCUGAUGAGUGUGUAAAAGUCAUGCGCGAAGAGACUGAGGAAGGGAAGAAGGUUGCGAGGAAUAAGGGGCCCAAGUUUGUGGCUGUUUUUAGACGGUUGCCUGAUCCUGACUGGUCUAUGUCUUGA